ACAAAUCCCAGGAUUCUGUAGGAUGGAGCCAUGGCAGUUAAAAGUGGUGUUAAACUGCAUUAUUUCUACAGUGUAGAUGCACCCCAAGAAAGCUUGGUUCUGGGUGGAAAGACUCUGAUUGUUGCUCGAUUCUGGUACUCGAAACAAAUUCCUGGGCUUAAAAUUAUUCUAAGUGUACUUUUUUUUGCACCAGGCUCCAGUUGCAGUUACAUUGUUUUAAAAAGUGAAAUACAGUAGGCCAUAAGCCAUUGUUGACACAGGAGAUGGAAUGAGUAUGUUUUUCUCUGCUCUAGACAAUGGGACCAGAACCAUUGGGGUCAAAUUAUGACCAAAAAAUUAGAUUAAACACUAGGAGGAACUACUUGAAACUAGGAGCACUUCAGCUGUGGAACAAAAUGUGGAACAAAUUGUGUUAGAAGAUGGGGGACUCCUGUUCUCUUGAUAUGUUUAGCAAAGGCUGGAUAAGUGCUGCAAAUGCCAUGGUUUGAUAGAGAUUGGACUGUUUAUUUAAUUUAAAUCUUGCUUUUCUCCCAUAAGGGACACAGAGUGGCAACAUGACCUUUGAAGUCCUUCCCAACAAUCUUUUUCUAAAACUGCCAGAGCAAAGACCUGCCUUCUGUCACUGAAAAUGCAGUGUUCCCAUCACUGUGAGCACCUACUGGAGAGACUGAACAAACAGCGAGAGGUGGGCUUCCUUUGUGACUGCACCAUCAUUAUUGGUGAAUUCCAGUUCAAAGCUCAUCGAAAUGUUCUGGCUUCCUUUAGCGAGUACUUUGGGGCUUUUUACAAGGAUACUUCAGAGAGUAACGUGUUCUUGGAUCAGAACCAAGUGAAGGCCGAUGGAUUUCAGAAACUUCUAGAGUUCAUAUAUACAGGAGACUUAAGCCUUGACAGUUGGAAUGUUAAAGAAAUACAUCAGGCUGCUGACUAUCUCAAAGUGGAAGAGGUAGUCACUAAAUGUAAAAUAAAGAUGGAAGACUUUGCUUUUAUUGCUAAUCCCUCUUCUACAGAAAUCUCUAGUAUCACUGGAAACAUUGCGUUAAAUCAGCAGACUUGCCUGCUAACCCUUCGUGACUACAAUAGUGAAGAGAAAUUGGAUGCCCCUUCAGUGGACCCAGUUCAGUCCCCAGUUUUAACAGCAACUCUGGAAAAAAAACCUGCUCAGACCAAAAAGCGGAAGAAGGCCUUCAGUUCCCCUAAAAAUCUGCCAGACAAACCUGCACAAUAUCCAAACGAUGUCACAGAGAACACUGCUGUAGAGAUGUUUUUAGAUGCAAAUAAACUUGCAACAGAGAUAACAGAACAAGCUGCCCAGGGUGGGGAUAAUUCUGAGCUGCAGCUUACACCUGUAGUGGAGAGUGAAACAUUUGCUGCCCAGGAGAUCCUUAUCCAGACUAUGGCUAUGAAACCCAAGCGAGGCAAAGUGCAGCAAGGUUGUGCUUUGAAAGAGCACUGUUUGUCUAAUAUCACCAGUGAUAAUAACUCUUACCAUUUGGAAACCUCAGGAGAGGAACUGGAUCAGAAAUAUUCCAAGGCCAAACCAGUGUGUAACACCUGUGGGAAGGUGUUUUCUGAAGCCAGCAGUCUGAGACGGCACAUGAGGAUCCACAAAGGCGUGAAGCCGUAUGUGUGUCAGCUCUGUGGGAAAGCCUUUACACAGUGCAACCAGCUGAAAACACAUGUAAGAACUCACACAGGUGAAAAGCCAUACAAAUGUGAACUCUGUGACAAAGGCUUUGCUCAGAAAUGUCAGCUAGUUUUCCACAGCCGCAUGCAUCAUGGGGAGGAGAAACCAUACAAGUGUGAUGCCUGUAAUCUGCAGUUUGCAACCUCUAGCAAUCUGAAGAUUCAUGCCAGGAAGCAUAGUGGAGAGAAGCCAUAUGUCUGUGAUAGAUGUGGUCAGCGCUUUGCACAGGCGAGCACAUUGACAUAUCAUGUACGGCGACACACAGGAGAAAAGCCGUAUGUUUGUGAUACUUGUGGGAAAGCUUUUGCCGUCUCAAGUUCUCUUAUUACACACUCAAGAAAGCAUACAGGGGAGAAACCAUACAUAUGUGGCAUUUGUGGCAAAAGCUUCAUUUCUUCAGGAGAGCUCAGCAAACAUUUUCGGUCCCACACAGGCGAAAGACCAUUUAUCUGUGAGCUGUGUGGAAACUCUUACACAGAUAUUAAAAACCUAAAGAAACACAAAGCAAAGGUUCAUACAGGUUCUGAGAACGCCCUGGACCCUGCCAUGCUUGAGCAUUCUUUUAAUGAUCAGGACUCCAUUCCAAGUGAGAAAAGCCCUUUGCUAGAGUCUGUCGAUGUGAAGCCUUCAGACAUAGCAUUAUCUCUCCCAGUUGGAACAGAGGAUCACCAAGUGCUGCUGCCUGUUACAGACUGCCAGUCUCCCUCAUCAGACACACUUCUGAGGUCUACUAUUGCUGGAUAUUCAGAACCUCAGUUCAUUUUCCUCCAGCAGUUGUACUGACAUCCUGUCUGUGAAGAAAAGUUUGGCAAUGAGAGCAUCCUUGGUAAAGCAAAUGUAGUCAUGUGGCUGCUUUUAAGCCUGACUUUGUCUUUGAUUCACGUAGGGACAUUUGAAGUGCCCUUUUUCUAUUUUGUUAACUAAGAACAAAAGAUUCUGUUUUUUUUCUCUUUUUAAAAAUUAAGGUUGAAUUUUCUAAGAGAUAAAGAGAAUUCUUUUUUCUUCUUCAACACCUGCCUUAAGACGUCUUUUCAUUAGUCCUGGAUGUGUCCAUCAAAGUUCAUGCUUUUCAUCCUGUGUAGUCAAGAUGUUCAGUCCAUAUUGUUUAUUCACCACCCAAUUAGCAUUUUUCAGUGCUGAGUAAAAUUUCCUUUUUGGGAUAUAACUUCCAUGGACCAUUCUGACCUGGGGAUUUCAGGAGCUGUAGUUUUUAAUAAAGGAGCUUUUCUGAGCUCUGGGUUUCUUCAAAGUGAAAAUUAAUGAGUAGAGUUAGAGAAAGAAGGUCACCUCCCUGGCUUGUGAGUUUAACAAAUUCAGUUUAAGAAAUGCUGACUUCUACAUGUCAGCAGGCAUUUUCUAGAAACUUCCAAAGAUAUUUUCCUAGCUGUAACGGCUUCUAAAACUAUAUGAAAUGAAAGUUGAGAUUUUUGGCAAACUGUACUCAUAACAUGACACUUGAGCCUCUUUCUUUGUUUUUUCUCAUGCAAAAAUGUUGCACAUAUCCAGAACAUGCAGCAGUUUUAUAUGAAGAUUUGACUUCUCAUAGACAUCAAAUAUGAUAGUUGUGGGCUAGUUCUUCGGGGAAUUAUUUAGAAAAGCUUCAUAGUACUAUGAUGUGUUUUGAAGCAGAUUUUGACAUGGUGUCAGAGGACAUGUAAGUGGCCAUGUGUAUCAUAAUCACGGUGUGUAUACCUUUGCCCAUGAGAUUGUGGUUACAGAUGUGAUUAUCAAACUUGGGAGAUAGAUGGUUAGCCAUGCUAGUCUGCAGCAGCAAAAGUGACAAAGAUUCAUGUAGCACCUUAAGGACAUUUUAUUUGGCAUAUACUAUUGUAGACAGCAGCCCAGCAGAUGCACCUGGGUUCUGCUGAUUAAAACUUAUGGCAAAUAAAGCUUGUCUGUAAGGAGCCAUAAAACUCAUUUUGUCCUAGGUUUCAUAUUUCCAGUCCUCUGGUAGUUCUGGCUUGGAAGGAGGGAACAGUUUCCUUAGGAAACUUACUCACUCCUAGUAAAAUAAUUCCCCCAAAGUUACUAAUCCAAUGGGAAGUGAGUAGUCUACCUGACCAUGGUGAUUGUGGAAGAAAGUGCUUUCCUUUUCUAUUAGCACAGGGACUAAACAGGCUUGCAGAGGGACUGAGCACUCCAGCCCAUCUCCAUCUGCCUGCUUGCCCACCAGCAUGGAAGUUCAUUCGCUCUUUUGCAUUAUAUUCUGGAUUGCUUAAAACUGCCAGAUGUGUUGUUAAAUACUGACAUCUUUUGCUGUAUUCUUUCUGGUGAUACCUUUUGCUGUAUUCUUUCUGAUGGAAUACAAAUAGGGAAAAGGGCACAAAGAUACAUGAUUCAGCCAUUACAUUAAAGGAUGCUCAGACUUGUUUCUUAAAUAACAACUCCCCACCAGUGCUGUAUAUUGUUAAUUUAUUAAAAGCAUCUUUAAUUGCUUUUCAGUCCAGUAGGGCUUGAGAAGUGAUGUACGAGCACAUUUUUAAAAAGGAAACAAUUUGAAAAGCCAGUUUUAAAAACCAAAGACUAUACAAAACAAUGCAGUUUUGAUUGCCUGAUAAAAACUCAGCAAGGAUGGAGAUGUUGCUUGAAAAAUAUUUCCACAAUUGAGAUGCUGGUAUAGAAAACCUCUUGUUUUGUAACUCCACCUACCUUUCAGGGUAGUAGCCUUCAAUUGCUCUCUAAUGAAGACCUCAAAUUCUAGGCAGAUUCAUGGGAAGGGAGAGCAAUCUUUCAGACAGCCUGUGCUCAUCUUAACCUGGGGCUAACAAUUUGAAAACCUAGCACCUUGUUGUGUGUCUUCCAAGUAAUUUCUGACUUAUGGUGACUGAGGUGAACCUGUCAUGACAUUUUCUUGGCAAGAUUUGUUCAGAGGGAGUUUGCCUUUGCCUUCCUUUGUGGCUGAGAGAGUGUGUCUUGCCCAGGGUUAUCCAGUUGGUUUCCAUGGCUGAGCAGGGAUUCAAACCCUGGGCAGAACACUCAAAUCAUUACACCAUGCUGUCCCUAGCACUUUCUUACAUAGCAGGAUUUCAGAAAAUAAAUCAGAAAUAAAGUUAAGGCUUGCUACCAAAGGACGGGGAGAGGAGAAAUACAUUAAUUCCUUGAUUUUUUUUUUAAUGACAGCAUUCUCAAAGGUCUUGCUCUGUUAAUUUUAUGUAUCCUCCCAAAACAUGGAAGGAGGAGUUAUCUAUAUUUUCUAAGAACUAUCUAGAUUGAGUCCAAGAUCCAGGUAGUCCAGGUUUAUCUACAAUUUUCUUUUCUAGUGAGAUGCCUUUCUAAAAAAAUUCCAUAGUAUGGUAUAAUAAUAAUAAAAAAAGCUAGCAUGGUGUAGUGGUUUGAGUGUUGGACUAUGACUCUGGAGACCAGGGUUUGAAUCCUGGCCUAACCAUGGAAACAUACCAGGUGACCUUUGGAAAGUCACACUCUUUCAGGCCCAGGCAAAUGCAAUGGUAAAUCACUUCUGUGUAGACCUUGGCAUGUAAACCCCAUUAUAGGUUUAUGUUAGCAUCUCCUUAAAUUUGAAGGCGCACAGCAGAUGCAACGACAUAGUAAAGAUGCAUAACUCCUUUCUUUCCCACUUCUGAAAUUGCAGGAGGCUUGCUUUCCUAGCAGUCUGGUAUAGUGGACAUGAAUAGACCUAUCCUCUGUCAGUUUCUUUUAAUGGCUGUGCUUAAUUAGGUUUGCAAAUAAAGUUAAAGUUGUGGUUCAGUAUCACAAUCACCUGUACAAGAUUGCUAAGAAGCUCAGGUUUAACAGCAUGUGAACCCCCAAAGGAGGCUGUGUUUUAAUCUUUCUUUCCAUUGUUUGGAAGAUCAAAAAGAUGGUUUUAUCAUGGCCUUAUGCUUGUUAUUAUUAACAGGUCUUAUUAUAUAGGCUUUGUUGCUAUUCAGUUUUGAAGUCUGAGAAACAACAAAGAGGACUGAUGGGACCAAGAAGUGCUAUUUUAGGGCACGCUUCUUUUAAAAUUUAUCUAGUAUAACAAAUGCAGAUUCACUACAGCAUACAAAGUUGCUAUUAUUUAGCAGUUCUGGCCGUGAGGAAACUUGACCUUAGGCUGAAAAGUAGGUUGGAGAGGUGUCUAUUGUUACGUUAUCUGUUACUGAACGUGGAGAUUUUUAAUAUAGAAAGCACAAAUCUGUCAAUUUGUAGAUUCUUGUAUAUUUUCAGAAUAUUUAAUCACUUGGUGUGAGUGGGACAGAGGAAAACAGACAUGGAGCAAAACCUAAAGUUGUAUUUUUCUUUGCGAUCAGGAGGGUUAGAAACUUGGUUAAAUAAAAACUAGCUGUGAUGCGUAGGAUUUUAUUUUCUAAGCCUACCAUGAUUGCCUGAUAGUCAUAGGGCUAGGGAAUACUAAUAUCGUUUGAUAUUCUGCUAUUCCCUCCCCAUCUUCAAGAAAGGCUGCAGUAUAGGUCUGUCAGUACCCUAUCUCAUCAAGUCUGAGUAACUCCAUAGAGACAUCAGCAGGUUCUCCUGUUGGUUCUGCCUUGAGAAUCAACUCCUCCUUUGCCCCAAAAAACCUCUAGUUAUAUAAUAAAAAAGACAGGUUUUACAUGGGGUAAUCUUGGUAGUACUGCGUAUCUGGGAAUGCAGAAUCCUUGUUUCCCUUCUGAAAAACACAUGACCUAAAUUCAGAGGUUAGUCUCAACUAUAGCAUACUCAUUAAAUUAAUGGGAACUUGGUAAGUCAGUGAUUUAAGUUCCAUUGUCUGGAAUAAUUUGCUCUAGUAUUAACUUUUGAUACAUUUGAAACAAUAUGACUGUCUUGCAGAGAAAAGAGAAAUAAACUAUUGGUAUACUGUUUGGUAUAUUUCCUGAACAUU